CAUCUGAUGGCUCUAACACUGAAUCGGAUCCCCAAGUACCAGCUGAAAAGCCUCAACCUCCCAAAUACCCCCAGAUGUCUUGGUCUUAUCACUAUCCUGGUUACCCUUAUGGUGACCCAAAACCCACUUUGAAGCCUGUUCCAGCUGAUGGCUCUAACACUGAAUCGGAUCCCCAAGUACCAGCUGAAAAGCCUCAACCUCCCAAAUACCCCCAGAUGUCUUGGCCUUAUCACUAUCCUGGUUACCCUUAUGGCAGACCAAAGCCCGCUGAGAAACCUGUUCCAGCUGAUGGCUCUAACACUGAAUCCGAUCCCCAAGCACCAGCUGAAAAGCCUCAACCUCCCAAAUACGCCCAGAUGUCUUGGCCUUAUUACUAUCCUGGUUACCCUUAUGGCGACCCAAAACCCACUUUGAAACCUGUUCCAGCUGAUGGCUCUAACACUGAAUCGGAUCCCCAAGUACCAGCUGAAAAGCCUCAACCUCCCAAAUACCCCCAGAUGUCUUGGCCUUAUUACUACCCUCAUGACCCUGUCAGGCCAAAGCCCACAGAGAAACCAGCUUCAGCCACCCCCACUGCUCGCCCAUCAGGCUCGCCAGCAGCAACCCAGACGCGGCAGCCCCCAGGAUACCCUGGAAGUCUAUUCCCUCAGUAUAGCUAUUACCCUGAUUAUCCUUCCUAUUUGCAAGCGUUUUAUCCACAAUACCCAGUUCAGCCUCCCAAAACUCCUACUGCACCGCCUAUAACCACCACUCCUCAACCCUGUACUACAACUGCAGCUGCUGAAUGCAAACCCUCUGCCAACCAGCCUCCCAAUGUGCCACCCCAGCUAUGUAUACCUCCCAGUUCUGUACUUUAUGAAAAAAACCCUUUCAUGCUUCAAUUUGUGGACUUUUCGCAUCCCAACUCUUUCCCAUGAAGUUUUGUUAUGAGGACUGAGGCCAGAUACUUAGAAUUACGCUGGUAAUGUGCUGCAUGUGGCUUUGAAAAAGAUUGCCUCCUGAUUUAAUGCUAAUACUGCAGAGUGAUUCCUGCUCAUGAACAUGCUGGUUUGUGCAUAAUUUUGUCCUAAUUGUCUCAAACCAUUCAAUAAAUCAAAUAUGA